AUGUUAUCCAAUCAGAUCAUAAAUGGUAAACAUGUUGCAUCAUCAUCAUAUAAUGAAAAAAAAAAUGAAUUGGAAAAAUGUCAACGACAUUCAAAUUUGCAUCUUGAGUAUUCUCAGAUAAGACAAGAAAUUGAUUGGUUUUAUUAUCGAAAUGUUGAGUUACCAGCAUAUAAUACAGCUAAUUAUAUUGCACAACAAGUUUUAGUUCCAAUACGAACAGUAAUACCAUUUGGUGAACAAGAUAAAGACACUGAAGAAUAUCGAAAGAAUUUAUUUGAUGGUAAACGUGUUAGUAUUGAAAAAGGUUUUAUAUUAGAAAUAACUCGAGCUAUAGUUAAUAUUGUUCUUUAUAGUGGUAGAUCUGCUCAUUGGAUGGUUAUUCUCAAUGGUUUAAGUGUUGAAAUUUCUUCAGGAAAAGUUGUAGCACUUUGUGGACCAUCUGCUUAUGGAAAAAAUAUAAAAACACUAAAUGUAACUUGGCUACGUUCACAUAUUGGAAUUGUUAGUCAACAACCUGUUCUUUUCACUGAAUCAAUUGAAGAAAAUAUUCGUUUUGAAAAACGAAAUGCAACUGAUGAUGAAGUUCAAUCUGCUGUCAAAAUGUCUAAUGGAUUAUUGUUGGUGUUUUGA